CAAAUUUCCUCCGCGCAUCAGCGACUUCUCCCUCUGCAGGACCAGAUCUCAGCUCCAGCAGCAGCGGGAUUGCAGCGCGUCACCGCCUUUCAUCUCAGGAAUUAUUCCCUCUUUUCUUGUCUCAGAAGUUUGUUUUUCAGGAAGCUAAAGAUGUAAAAUCCUUGUUUUUCGCUCUGAUUGGUGAGGUAAUCUGAGGUAAUCCGGGUUUGUGAGCUGCAUGAGUCCCGCUGGCUGCUGAUCCCGGAGCUGAGGCUGAUCUGGGGCCGCGGCGGCGCAGAGGCACCGAGGACCAAGCACCAUCUUCUCCUCCCGGCUCAGCAUGAACCUGAUCGGGGGCUACCAGCACCACCACCACCACCACCUGAUGCACGAGCCCUUCCCGUUCGUCCAGCGGUGCCAUCAGGACUCGCCCUACUUUCAAAGCUGGGUCGUGAACCACGGCGAGGUGCCCCCGGACUUCCAGAUCCACCAGGCGCCCUACGCGGCCGCGGAGCUGGGGGCGCCCGGAGCCACGCACGACGGCCGGCUGGAGGGGCUCCAGGCCGGGAUGAGCAAGAGGAGAGCGUCGGGGCCGAAGAAGGAGCGCCGGAGGACGGAGAGCAUCAACACGGCCUUCGCGGAGCUGCGGGAGUGCAUCCCGAACGUGCCCGCGGACACCAAACUGUCCAAAAUCAAGACUUUACGCCUCGCGACCAGUUACAUCGCGUAUCUGAUGGACGUCCUGGCCAAAGACUCCGGGGAGACGGAGGGCUUCAAGGCCGAGAUCAAGAAGUUUGAAACGCGGGAUUUGAAAAGGAAACGGGAGCUGACCGACGGCCUGCAGGACUCUUUAGGACCAGAGAAGAAGGUGAAAGGCCGGACCGGCUGGCCGCAGCAGGUCUGGGCUCUGGAGCUGAACCAGUGACCUCCACCAGGACGCAAAGACCCCCCAAAGACCUCCUGAUGGACUCUGGAUCUAAAACCCCUGAUGAGAAACACGCCGCUGUGCGCGCGCACUGAUGCGCGGGAAUAAAGGACAGGAGGGACAGAGACACGGAGA